UUAUUAAACAUCUCAACAGGCUUAAUAUUUGAAUUUAUUUUGUCAGUUUUUCGUCAUUUUUUGAACUUCUCAUGCGACAAUGGCGACAACAGCAACAGCGGCUCCUUCAGGCAUGGAUGCGGCAACCCGCAGGCCGGGUGAAGCUACAAACACCUGCGAUGCUCUUCGCCCAAUGAUCAUUUCAACCUUUGAAGAAAUGAAUCCAAAGCGACGUGACACAAUGGAGGAUUGUCACGUCGUUCAUGCUCCAGGGACUUGGAGAUCGGCUGAUCCAGACUUGGCUUAUCUUGGAGUAUACGAUGGUCACGGAGGCCGCGAUAUGGUCGAAUAUUUGGACUACUUUUUGGCGUUUCAUGUGGGUGGAGAAUUGAACCAUAACGACGACGCAUCCAUAGAAACCAGACUGGAAAGAGCUUUUCUCCUGGCGGAUGUUCAUGCAACGCAAUGUGGCAUUUCGACCAGCGGAUCAACAGUCAUUGUGUGCCUCGUAAAGCAACAUCCUGGUACAAAUCAGAUAACAAUUCACAGUGCAAAUGUAGGUGAUGCAAGGGCAGUUCUCGGACAUGCCGGGAAAGUGACGAGACUCAGCAAAGACCACCGGACCGAUGAUGUAGAAGAGGUCCAAAGAAUCGAACAGGCAGGAGGCUUUGUGUAUCGGAAUCGUGUCCUUGGAAUUCUUGCUGUUAGUCGGAGUCUAGGGGACCAUUGCAUGAAAGAAUUCGUCGUGGCAAAGCCACACUACCGAGAGAUUACCAUCAGUACCUCAACGACAACCAACGAUGCAAAAGGGAAGGGACGAGGAUCUGUUCUCAUAUUGGCUUGUGAUGGCUUGUGGGAUGUCUUUUCGGAUGACGAGGCUGUAGAAUUUGCGGUGGGGUUUCCUGGUGACCGAACAAAUGUGGCACAAGCUUUGGUGAAGGCAGCUCUACAACGUGGUAGUACUGACAAUGUUUCCGUGGUCGUGGCGUGGCUGUGAGCUGCAAAUCGUACUCCAUCGACUAUUUCGCUUCCUGCUUCACCCUGCCGGCAGAACUGUAUACUGGUAGCUUGUACAACUGCCAUAACCGGACAACCGGACACUCUUGGUCGAUGCUCAUCGGGCAGAUAUAUAGCUAGAAUGACAGUCUUGCCCCAAAAUUGGGAUAUACUAAAGUAAAAUGAAUUGUGAUAUACU